CAAAGGUGGUAGACAGACCAAGCAGGCUCAGAACUCACAGUACCCAGGAUUCGAUGAUUUGAGUUGGGAGGACAAAGACUUGUAUUAUUUCUUAUUGUUGUUGCAUUGUCGAGAAGGAACCUGCAAGUAAGAAUUUCAUUGGGAGGUGUAUCACCAUACAUACGACUCAUAAAACUUGUAACUUCUCUGUGCCAACUCCACAAUGGCACAAGCAAAGGUUGAGUGAGUCGUGAUGGCUUCCUGCACGGUGUCUAUCCUCUUCCUUCUCAUCGUUGCAAUGUCAGCAGCAGAGCCGCCAGGCUGCAAGAUCCGGAUCACAAACAGAGGCCUCGAAAUGUUGAAGUACGAGACCCAGAAGUUUGUGGUGGAGGAACUGAGCAACAUCACCAUGCCAGAGAUGAAGGGCAAUGAGGGCCGCUUCGAGUACACCAUCAAUGAGGUGAAAAUAAAUGAGUUGAACCUGACCUACGCAGACCUGGCAUUUCAGCCUGGUCUGGGACUGCUCUUCGAGGUGCAGAACUCGUCUAUCGCCCUCAGCUUCCAGAGACGCAUCCUGUAUUGGUUCUUCUAUGACACGGGAGCCAUCAACGCCUCUGCAGAAGGCGUGAACAUCCACACUGUCCUGCACAUGACCAAAGAUGAGUUGGGUCGUCUCAAGAUCUCCAACAUCACCUGUGAUGCGUCCAUCGGCAAAAUGAAAAUGAAGUUCACUGGCACCUUAGGGAGGGUGUAUGACUUCUUGGCGACGUUCUUGACCACAGGAAUGCGCUUCCUUCUUAACCAACAGAUCUGCCCUGCCAUGAACCACGCUGGUUUGGUUCUAAUCAACUCUUUGUUGGAGACAAUUCCAGUGCGAACUGAGGUGGAUAAGUACGUGGGGAUCGACUACUCUCUCCUUAGUGACCCAGUGGUGACUUCAAGGAGUCUUGACAUGGAUUUCAGGGGCAUGUUCUUUGAGCUCGGGAACGAGAACAACACCUUGGUCAACUAUGCCGUUAACCCAAUCGUGAGAGAGUACGAUCGAAUGGUGUACCUGGGUCUGUCUGAGUACUUCUUUGACAGUGGGUUGUACUCCUAUUAUAAAGCCGGCAUAUUCCAAAUGAAUAUCGCCAACGAGCGUAUGCCAAAGGAUCUGGAGAUGCUCCUCAGGACAACCUAUUUUGGCACCAUUAUGAUGAUGAACCCAGCCCUGGUGGAGUACCCUAUCUCCCUGCGACUGGAGUUGAACUCUGCCCCCAAGACUACCAUCAAGACCUCCGGGGCUACUGUGGCCGUCACCGCCAUCGCCACGGUGAUGGUGCUGCCGCCCGGCACGGCGCCCGUGCAGCUCAGUAGCAUGACCAUGGAGGCCAAAUUCAAUGCCAAGGUGUCCAUGAAGGGCAAGAGACUGGCUGUCCUUGCAGACUUGAGGAGGUUUAAAAUCUUCUCCAACCAGUCUGCUUUGGAAUCACUGGCGCUUAUUCCCCUACAAGGCCCUCUGAAGACUAUGCUGCAGAUCUCAAUAGUACCAAUCAUCAACAACUGGACCAAGAGAGGUGUCUCGAUCCCUCUUGCAGAUGGUUUGGACUUCGUAGAGGAAGUGGUGGAAUAUCAUAACGGUUACCUCAUCAUCGGGGCAAACCUACAUUUCAGCAAGGGACUGAGGGAGAUGAUCGAGAGGAAAAUCCAGACUGAUGCCGAGAACGCCAUCUAAGAGGUUUCGCCACCUGAAAUAACUAAGGAUAUAGAUAUCUUAGAUAACUCUAUCCAAUCCUGCAUUUCAACGUCACUUCCCUAUGUUCAACAUGUAGACUAAUGUAAGUCUACAAACCAUGCAGAUCACACACAUUAAGGCUUCAAGAUAAGGCGCUAGGCUACGUGUCCAAUUUCUGAGAUAGAAAUUGGACAAAAAAAAAAAAAAAAUCACGCUUAUGUAUAACGAUCACCAUAAUACCGCAACUUCCAUAUUUUAUAUCCAUUUGCCAUUUUGAAGUGCUUUACAGAUAUUUAUACUGUUGCCUGUAUAGAGAUCAGGUUGCCUUACCAAGUCAUGUGCCUGCACUACUCAAAACAAUAUUGGCCCUCUAACGUAAUUGCCCAUUGUCAUGUCAAUGCUCCUUGUAAUUUCUUAGGAAUUGUGCAGUUCUGAACUAUCCUUUUAAAAAUGACAAUGCUUUACUGUGUAAUAUUCAACUUGAGAAUUUCACAUGUUUUCACAAACACAACUACCUUCCUUACCAUUAGCCACAGAAGAGCUAGCUGGAAGGAAAUACCGUAGAAGACAUGAAAUGUUCAAAAGGAAUUAUGGCUUUAUACCUACAGAGUAUUCAAUGAUCAACAUGUUCUCCUUACAUUCAGUACGGCAGUGUUAAGUCAGUCAAUAAAACACCAUUCUUGUCGCUGCCAAAUCACACACAAGUGAACAAAGUUGAUCAGGUUUUAUUAUGAAACCAUGGCAGAAUCAAUGUGAAUACAGCUAAACAUAGACAUGUUCCCUUUUGAUCAAAGUGAUUACAAGUAAUCAUUUCUGCGAUGAGGCACUAGUAAUAACUUCAGAUUAUUAUUUUAAUGAUUUAUAGCACAUCCAGGUGUCUUCUUCCAAAAUACAAGAAUGCCUGACAGUGAACAGAAACUCCCUACAGGUAUUAAGGGUAAAUCCUAUUUAAUUAAUAGCUGAACUUCCACUUAAAGCUGCAAUAUGAACUUUGGGUGACCCAACCAAAUUCACAGAAAUGUGCAUUCUAGAUCUGUCACUCAUUAAAAUAAAGUCUAAGAAGCAUA